CCCCGCGCCGCGCCCGCCCCGCGCCUAUUUUUCUCAAACUAAAGCCUCCACAGAUCAAGGAUGUUGAUUCUUCUGGCUUUCAUUAUUGUGUUCCACAUAACCUCAGCAGCACUGCUGUUCAUCUCAACUAUUGACAAUGCCUGGUGGGUAGGAGAGAAUUUUUCUACAGAUGUCUGGAGAGUAUGUUCCACAAAUACUAGCAUCUGUAUGGCUAUUACUGAUCAAUUCAGAGAGUAUCAAUCAAUUCAGGCUGUUCAGGCUGCCAUGAUCCUAUCUACAAUUUUCUGUUGUGUGGGAUUUCUGGUUUUCAUUCUCCAACUCUUCCGUCUGAAGCAAGGAGAAAGAUUUGUGUUAACCUCUAUUAUCCAGCUCCUCUCAUGUCUGUGUGUUAUGAUUGCAGCUUCCAUUUAUACAGAUAGGCAUGAGGAACUACACAAGAGUGGUGGAUAUAUGGCUGAAGUUUCUGAAGGCCAGUAUGGCUAUUCCUUCGUUCUAGCCUGGAUUGCAUUUGCCUUUACUCUCAUCAGUGGUGUUAUGUACCUAGUAUUAAGGAAGCGUAAAUAAAUGUCAGCAGCUAGUUAUUUGUCACUGCAAUACAAAACCAAAUCCCAGUAACAAUUUUGUAUAUAAUCAUUUACAUGGUUUUGUAGUAAAGGUAUUGUUUCUCUAAAAAUGUACUGUGUUCUUGAUAUGAAACAAAAUGACAAAAAUUGGAAGGUUUGAUGGAACGCCUGGCACCUACAGCUCAGGGGGUGAGUGGGACAGAGCCUUUUACAUAUUUCAUUGUUGUGAAUGGUUUGCCCUUUACUAGACAUUAACAAUUUGCUCCUGGCCUCUAGGAGAUUACAAAUAAAGCCCACUCAAAUUUGUAAGCAGUAUGCUGACUAUAUUCCUGGACCAGAUUUGUCCCUUUGGAACGGGUUAAAUAUAGGAGGAGUGAAAAAGGAGGUCCAGAUCACAGGGAAAAAGCAAACAAUCAUACAAGCCCAAAAGCUACACUCGCUGCAUCUGUUCUGGCAGAGCACUAGUGUUCUGCAAUUUGUAAUGUGCAGUAAGUGUCAUCAAGCUUUUAUUAAAACCACUUGCUUUGGAAAAGUAAACAACUCCUUUUUGUAUUCCAGCAAUUACUCUCUUUAUUCUCUUUCAUAUUUAAUUUAAGCAUACAGAGCCUUUGGCAGGAGAAUUUAGCAUCAAAUUCACUGCACAACCUGGGACCAGAAUAGUCUGAGCAGUAAGAAACGCUCCACUCAAGUCCUGUAUCCCUUUAGGUUUGCAUUGCUCAUAGACUUUCUGAAGGAAUAAGAGGGGAAAAAAAAGGCAUCACCUCGCCUACAUCUGCAAAUUUGUAAGUAAAACAGCGAUCAAGCAGUGCCACAUCCAGGUUUUCAGAGCCAAACUCAGCUGUUUAUUACAGCAGGCUUUUCUUACGUAGUGAUUUCAUGGCUAAUAUAUCAUUUACUAAAGCAUUUCCUGAGUCUGCCUAUUAGGAAAUUGGCCUUUACAAAAUUAGUUCUAAAUUCCUGUGUGGCUUUCACUUGAACUAAACACUCCUACUCAAUAAAUCAGAGUGCAAUUACUAUGCUUAUGAAUUUCAGGAUAGUUUUUCAAGAUAAAAUUACUUGGUGAUUUUUAUUUUCAGUAAUUGUGUAAGAUAAAUCUCUACUGUAAUACCAGGCUUAACUGCUCAGCAGUGUAAUACUGGCUUUGGCUCAUGGUGAUUUUGAAGUUGAGAGAUCAGUGUGGAGAAUGAAUGAAGUGGCUUUUUCUCGUUAGUCACAGCUUUGAUGCUUAAAUAUAGACUCUGUAAAAGCACUAACCAUUUAUUUAUUUCAGUAUAUACACUACAGCUGGCCCAAUACACAGGCAAUAAAAAAGUAAAUGGGUUCUGAAUGAGGUCUUACACUUAAUGUAGAAUGAAUUCAUUAUUACAAAGUAUUGUAGCUCUAAAGUCUGCACUUACUGCAUUAUACAUCAGCUGAUGGUCUGACCCAUUGCUUCAGAUAAUUCAUCCUUGUUUUCUCCCAAAGUAGAAGUUCAGGUGCGUAACUGUAUAAGAACUGCCUUCAACAUGAAUAAUAGGUUGUGAAGUUCCAUCUCCAUUCUUUAAACAUCCUAA